AUGGGUAAUGAUUUUAUGUAUGGUGAUAAAUAUGCUUUUACAUUGUGGAAAAAUAUAAAUGUUUUUAAAUUUGAUGAAGAUAAAAUCAAAUAUAUAGUUUGGCAAAUUGAAAUGAGUGAAGAAAAUAAACCUCAUAUUCAAGGUUAUGUUCAGUUUAAUAAGAAUUUUGGACUUAAUGAUGCUAAAAAUAUUUUUAAUGAUAAUUCGAUUCAUUUAGAAAAUCCUAUGGGAUCUUUUGAUGAUAAUCGAAAUUAUUGUUCAAAAAAAUAUGAUCAGUGUAAGAAACAUAAAAGGAAAGGUUGCAAAUGUGAUUACGAUAAUUUAGAACAUCGAUGUAAAAAAUGUAAUGAAAAAUGUGAAAGAAUUAUUGCUCGAGAUGAAACAAAAAUUUGUGAAAUAGAUGAAUUAUUAAAAGAUUUAAUUGGUCCUUUUGAAGCAGGAGAUCCUGAAGAACAUGUAUCUGAAGAUGAAAAAAAAAAGAAACAAGAAAUAUUAGAAGAUGAUAUGUUACAUGAUAUAAAAGAAAUUGAAUCUUUUGAUGAUUUUAUUUUAAAAUAUGGAGUUUUGUAUAAAGGAUGUAAAAAAAAGAUUUUAAGUAAAAAUGGUCGGGUUUUAUUAAUGAAUGAAUUAAAUCCUCAAUUUAUUAAAUGGGAAACAUUUUUACAAUUAACAGCAGAAGAUGAAGUUCCGGUUGAUGUUAAAUUUGAUGCAGAUGGAGCUAAUGUUGCUACGAUGUAUAAUAUAUUUAAUUCGAAUUAUGAAUUUGAAAAAAUAUUUAAUAAUUUUGAGGAGAUGGUUCAAACAAAAGAUGGAAGACAAUUUAUAAAUACACAACAUAAAGAGGCGUUAUAUCGAAAAUUUCAAUAUCCAAAUGGUUAUAUAAUUAAAUUUGAGGGAAAUUAUGAAAGAGAAGGAAUAAUUCGUCGUACUUUUAUUGAUGAUAGUUUAUCAAAAGAGGAAUUAGAAGAAUGGAAAGAGAAAUUUAAUAAUUUUGAAUUUGAUGUUAGGUUUUCAGAUGGAAUUAAUUUGGUGGAAGUUCAAAAAUAUGAAUUUAAUCAAGGGAAAGUAUUUGAAGAAAAUAAUCAUGUAUAUUAUCGUCAAAAUAUUGGUUAUAAAAAUAAUGAUGAAAUGAUUCAAUAUAGUUAUAAUCAAGAUGUAAUAGAUAAUAAAAAAUUAUAUAGUUUACAAAAAGAAGAUAUUCCUGAUAUUGUGAAAAGAACUUUUGAUAAAAUUGAUAAUGAAGAUCAUUUAAAUAAAAGGUUAAAAUUGGAUAAUUUAUUAGAUAAUUUUUUUAAUGAAGAUUAA